CUGACACUGUAUAUACAGGAAUAAGUUAUCAAAAUAGUUUCUUUUUCUUAUUUUUUUACCAAUAUCUGCAAAAUAUUUUUUAAAAUAAAAUAAUGUCAUACUUUGGAUCUGGCUUGAGUGAUAUUAUCAACUCAACAGAUUUUCUUGGAAAUGGUACUUCUAACGGAACAUUUAUCGAGUAUACUAAUUGGUGUAUAAACUGGCGUACUCCACAACAUUGGAUGUUUCAAUUGGCUAAUGCUUUGUUUUUUGUAUCGUACUCUAUGCCAACUAGCUAUUAUGGGAUAUUGUGUAUGCAUUCUACAUUGAUUGCAGGCUUUCUUAUAUUGAUUACAUGGGCAUGGCGUGUGGUAUGCUCUCCAGAUUUGUUAGCGUGGAAUUUUUGUUUCCUUUUCAUAAAUAUACUACAACUUAUUUAUCUUAUAUAUCAGAGACGUCCAAUAUAUUUUAAUCCAGAGCUUGAGCAAAUUUAUCGUAAUAUGUUUAAACCUUUCAAUGUGACUAGAAUUCAGUUUAAAAAGCUUGUCAGUGAACAAUUUUCUCAGGUUAUGACUUUACAUGUUGGCGAAGCGUAUGCAAUGCAAAAUUUAACCAAAACGGAUAGACUCGGUUUAUUAUUGUCGGGUAGAGCAAAUGUCUUGCAGGACCAACAGUUACUACAUCCUAUUGGACCAUGUGAAUUUCUAGAUUCACCAGAAUUUGAAAGCCGAGGUUCUUCCGAAGACAAAUUUAAAGUCUCAGUAAUCGCUGCGACAACUUGUCGAUAUAUAUUUUGGCAAAGAUCAUCUUUAGAGUACCUAUUUGUCAAAGAAACAUAUUUAGCCACUGUAUUGGCCACAUUAGUAGCUAAAGAUAUAACAAUUAAAUUAUACUUAAUGAACAACAAAAUUGUUACAGAAAAAGGUUCACAUUUGGACAUAAGGUUACCUAGUAUUACUCCAGCUUUGGUAACAAAUGAGAUAAAACCGCCACUUAUUAAGACUAUUAAGAAACAAGCAACCGUCACAUCAUAUAGUUCCAAAUCACCUGUUCCUGCUGUGAAAAUUACCAAAUGCGAUUCACUUAUGGAUAAACGACAAAUGACCAAUGAUAAUUCAAAUUUCUGCCCAACAAAAUUGGACAGAAUUAAUUUGGCUAACGAAAUGGGCAACACGGGUGUGGAAAAUUGGCUGGAAAAAACAUCAAAAUACCAUAGCUUGGAAAUGGAGGACGAUGAGUGAUGAUUAAAUAUAGUUAUACAAAAAUUGCAGCAGAAACACAUUGGUCUUCUUUUAAUUAUUACUACAAUUUUUAAUACCUAUGUUUUUCAA